AUAAUUCCAUUUCUCCACCGACACACGCGAUAUAUAUAAAAAGCCGAAUUAGUUUGUCUUCACUAAGAUUUAGUCAGGCAAUCGAGUUAUUACGACCAGGAGAAAUGGGUAACACGUUGUUCUUUAUUUUCGCUGGUAUUCUUUGUAUUACCAGCCAUUGCGAAGCAAUCUGUUGUGAAGAAAUCAAGUCGAUAAUGAACGAGAAGAUUGAAGCAGAAAAAGUGCUGUGCGCUGCAGGAAACAAUCUCCCUCCUGGUUGUUGCAAGGAUAUUUUGAAAGCUGUUGAAGAGUAUAUUGCUGCGUAUGAAGCUAUUUGUGUGAACAAUACAGUUCCAUGCAUAGACCCCAAGCCAUUGGGAAUGCAAAGCGGCAAAAUACCCGAUUCGGCAAUCACAGCAUCAUCAACUUAUAGUACUUCAUACCACCCUUACUUCGCGAGAUUGAAAAAGAGUGGCGGUGCUUGUUGUUGGGCACCAACUGCAGCAGGAAGAGUUGGCUCGUGGUUACAAGUUGAUCUUGGAAAAAAAACAGCUGUCACAGGAUUUGCAACUCAAGGAGAAUGUUAUGGCAACCAAGAGUGGGCGAUCUCUUACUCGAUUGCUUACAGCAACAAUGGUAAUAAUUGGACUGAUUAUAAAGAGUCGGGGACUGUGAAGGUUUUCCUAGGCAACAAAGAUCAAAACUCCAUUGUUACCAACACAUUUAAAACUGGAAUCAAAGCUCGAUACAUUCGUGUGGUGCCGAAAUCAUGGAAAAACUAUCCUACAAUGAGACUCGAGUUGUACGGUUGUCACUGAGUGGAACUUGCUCUCUUGCAUUAAUUGAUUCCAUGAAACAUACUGUUAAAUCAUUUUUAAAUCAUUAGAGUAAAUUUCCCAAUAGUUGAAUCUUUAGUGGAUGUAACCACAGUGUGGUUAAGCUUAAUUUGUAGACUACCAUAUUUCAUCUUAAAAUCAUACA